AUGAACCAUAUGAAUCAAAAGACGGAGGGGUAUGACAUGUUCCUUCCAGACGGGGGUUUUAUACAUGAAAUUUAUCCGCAGGAAUUCAUCGUCUGCGGCUCCUCGUGCCCUGUAGGCUGCGACAAUCGACGUCCACAAAGCUGUACACCUUGCGAAUCUGGGUGCUUUUGUAAAAACGGCUUGGUGUUUCUGAAUUCGACAGAUUGGAGAAACUCUGAUUGUGUGCGGUUCGAUGAAUGUCCUGACUUCACUCAGGAGAAGUCUGAACAGACAACAGUGGAGUCGAUAACGACAAUGUCCGAGUCAGCCAAUACAGACGAAAAAGGACUAGUAAUAUCGAAAACUCGGUUGGGAGCAAUCGGGCGCCCCAGAUCUCAUUCUCGAUCGACCGUCUCUACAGUUUGCCCUGCCGUGACAUUAGAUGUUGGUGGAAGGUCCUGCGCGACUGAUGCUGAUUGUCCAGAUGAACAGCGUUGUUGUCGUCCGGUGAUUCUGUCAUUGGCAGUAAAUCCCCAGCGAUGCACCUGCCCCGAUCCAAACGCGAUCUGGACAGCUUGUGGUAGCCUUUGUCCGGAGUAUUGUGGGCAACCUGGAGUUCCACAUUGCUCGUCUACCUGCAAUCCUGGAUGUCACUGUGCUCCUGGCUAUGUGAAAAGCAGAAACGACGUCACAGCUCCAUGUGUUCCACAAAAAUUGAUUUGUUUGGGUUUUUUCUGCUGCAUCAGAAGAAAUUUCAUUAUAUCUAUCGCUUCAGCCAAUAGUGACGAACCCCGCGCAACGAUGAAAGAAAUUCCGGUUACACCCAAGGAUCCGUUCUCGGAUCAGCAGCUAGCGACAGCAAAUCUGAUUCCAUCUCAAAAGCUCGUGAGCGGAAGGUUCAGCUUCACGCAGAUCAGCGCCAGCAAUCUCCGGAUAAGCGGUGAGCAAACUGGUCUUCCUCGUGGUGAGCACGCUGUAUUAAUCCAUCAUUUUGGUGAUCUGUCAGACGGUUGUAGUCAUCUUGGGCCUCCCUUCAUUUUCAAGGGCCUUUUUGAGAUAUUUAAUUCAGUCGACGAUUCUUCGACGGCUACUUUUGAUCGUGUUGUCGACUGGCCAAUUACCGAUGUUGUGGGGCGUUCCAUCGCCAUUUACAGGUAA